GCAAGACGCCAUUUUACAAUACUGGGCAAAGCUAACGAUAGCGUCACCCCAGUACGCUGAUAAGAGGAAUAGCUUACCCGUUUGUAUCCCGGCGAUUUACCUGUUCAAUCUAAUUCUUCAUCGGUCAAAGUAACCAUCUACUGCGGACAAAGACGACAACAUUGUGUGAACACUCAGCCAACUGAGUGACCUUGAGAGGAGAAGAUGGCCACCCAAGCUGAUCUGAUGGAGCUGGACAUGGCGAUUGAGCCGGACGCCAAGGCGGCAGUGAGUCAGUGGCAGCAGCAGAACUACCUGGACUCGGGUAUCCACUCCGGGGCCACCACCACCGCCCCCUCCCUGAGCGGUAAACCCAACCCGGAGGACGAGCCACUGGACCCACAGCUCUACGAGUGGGAGCUCGGAUUCAACCAACCCUUCACCCCUGAACAGGUCUCAGAUAUGGAUGGGCAGUAUGCCAUGACCCGUGCGCAGCGCGUGCGCGCCGCCAUGUUUCCUGAAACUCUGGAGGAGGGUCUCCAGAUCCCGACAGCCCAGUUUGACUCUGCCCACCCCACCAACGUGCAGCAGCUGGCCGAGCCCUCGCAGAUGCUGAAGCACGCUGUCGUCAACCUGAUCAACUACCAGGAUGACGCCGAGCUGGCCACCCGCGCCAUCCCAGAACUCACCAAGCUGCUCAAUGACGAGGACCAGGUGGUGGUGAACAAGGCAGCUGUGAUGGUGCACCAGCUGUCCAAGAAGGAGGCGUCACGCCACGCCAUCAUGCGCUCGCCCCAGAUGGUGUCGGCCGUUGUCCGCACCAUGCAGAACACCAACGACAUGGAGACAGCCCGCUGCACGGCCGGCACACUGCACAACUUCUCCCACCACCGGGAGGGCCUGCUGGCCAUCUUCAAGUCUGGCGGCAUCCCUGCCCUUGUCAAAAUGUUGGGUUCCCCGGUGGACUCAGUGCUGUUCUACGCCAUAACGACGCUCCACAACCUGCUGCUGCACCAGGAGGGCGCCAAGAUGGCCGUGCGUCUGGCCGGCGGCCUGCAGAAGAUGGUGGCGCUCCUCAACAAGACCAACGUCAAGUUCCUGGCCAUCACCACGGACUGUUUGCAGAUCCUGGCUUAUGGAAACCAGGAAAGCAAGUUGAUCAUUCUGGCCAGUGGAGGCCCACAGGCUCUGGUGAACAUCAUGAGGACCUACACCUACGAGAAGCUCCUGUGGACCACCAGCAGAGUACUGAAGGUGCUCUCCGUCUGCUCCAGCAACAAACCCGCCAUCGUGGAGGCCGGAGGAAUGCAGGCUCUGGGACUCCAUCUGACGGACCAAAGUCAGCGCCUAGUGCAGAACUGCCUGUGGACUCUCAGAAAUCUCUCUGAUGCUGCCACCAAACAGGAGGGUAUGGAAGGACUCCUGGGAACCCUGGUGCAGCUGCUUGGCUCUGACGACAUCAACGUGGUGACGUGUGCUGCUGGCAUUCUCUCCAAUCUCACGUGCAACAACUACAAGAACAAAAUGAUGGUGUGCCAGGUCGGGGGCAUUGAAGCACUGGUCCGGACGGUCUUGCGUGCUGGUGAUCGAGAGGACAUCACGGAGCCUGCAGUGUGCGCCCUUCGGCACCUCACCUCCCGUCACCAGGAUGCAGAGAUGGCCCAGAAUGCCGUGCGGUUGCACUAUGGCCUGCCUGUGGUGGUGAAACUCCUGCACCCGCCCUCACACUGGCCACUGAUCAAAGCCACAGUUGGUUUGAUUCGUAACUUGGCCCUGUGUCCGGCUAACCACGCCCCGCUGCGAGAGCAGGGAGCUAUUCCACGCCUGGUGCAGCUGCUGGUCAGGGCGCACCAGGACACCCAGAGACGAACCUCCAUGGGGGGCACUCAGCAGCAGUUUGUGGAAGGUGUACGUAUGGAGGAGAUUGUUGAAGGCUGCACUGGAGCGCUCCACAUCCUGGCCAGGGAUGUACACAACAGGAUAGUCAUCAGAGGCCUCAACACCAUUCCACUCUUUGUGCAGCUUCUGUACUCCCCCAUUGAGAACAUCCAGCGUGUGGCGGCCGGCGUGCUGUGUGAGCUGGCGCAGGACAAGGAGGCCGCCGAAGCCAUUGAGGCAGAGGGAGCCACCGCCCCCCUGACAGAGCUGCUCCACUCAAGGAACGAAGGAGUCGCCACCUAUGCAGCUGCCGUGUUGUUCCGCAUGUCCGAAGACAAACCUCAAGACUACAAGAAGAGGCUGUCAGUAGAGCUCACAAGCUCCCUCUUCAGGACGGAACCCAUGACAUGGAACGAGACUGGUGACAUGACUCUCGAGAUGGGGGCCCAAGGGGACCCACUGGCCUACAGACCUGACGAUCCCAGCUUCCGUGGCUACCCCGGCUACGGUCAGGACAGCCUGGGCAUGGACGCCAUGCUGGAGCACGACUUGGCUGUGCCCCACCCGGCCGACUACCCCGUGGACGGCCUCCCAGACCUCAGCCACAACCCCGAGCUGAUGGACGGCUUGCCACCCCAGGACUCCAACCAGCUGGCGUGGUUCGACACGGAUCUCUAAACGAUAUGGGGCGGGGGUGAACUCAUACCGCUGGAUAAUCUGAGGGAGUGUGGUGAGCUAUUGAAGAAUUAACGGUUCAGUACAGUAGAUGAAGGUUGGAUGAGGGUGAUGAGAGUGGAGUGGAGGGAUCAGAAAGUGCCUGACGACAUUGUAUUCAACACCGCUGGAAAACGGUCGAUAAGCCCGGACACGUCGGAUGAAGAAUAUGUACACGGGCUCAUGUUCUGGCAAAGUUUAGAGGUACAAAUAAAAGGAUAUUUGGAGCGGUUGCCAAAAGGAUGAGUGAGAAAAAGAUGGAUAUAUAAGAUGGAUUUAUAAAACAUUUUAUCCUUGCCUGGUCUUUUAUUUUUUAUGCUUUAUAUGUAUAUUCCUUUCUUUUUAAAACACCCCUUUGAUGACAAUUCAUACUAACUCUCAUAGCCUCUUCCUUUCUUUUACGUCCACCUUCCUAUUUCUUAGUAUAUUUUUUGUAUCUUAUGUUCCAAUCAAGGUAUGUGAAUUAUUUGUUGUUGUUUUUCUUACAUGAUAUCAAGUAACACUAUAGAAUUCUAACAUCGGUUUUCUGUAUUCUGACUUAAAAAUGUGUAAUUAUGUGUAGCUUUUAUAAACAUGCAAUAAAUCCACAGAAAGAUUUAAGUUCUGUUCAUUCUGCUUUACCACUGGAGUUGAGUAUGAGACUCUGUAAGUCUCGUUUCACCAAGUCUAUGGGUGAUGAGGGGGUAGGAAUAGUUAAGGGUAUAAAAAAAAUGGGGAAAGUUAUUCUUUUAUAUUCACUGAUGUAGACUAUUAACUGAUACAACAUUGUUGUACCUUGUUUCAACUCUAUUGUGCCAACAAUGGGUCCUUGACACGUCGUCAUAACAAUAAAGACACUUUUAUUCCAGAUA